AUGACGUUCGACAACGUCUUCCAGGGCGGCGCGUCGGUGGAUGUGUUUGGCGCCUCCGGCUCCAACCCGCUCGACAAGUGGAAGGUCAGUGGCGCCGGUGUGCAGAAGGUGUACGACAAGAGCGUGCGUGGCUACGUGCUCCGCUGCGACGGCGACCGUCCGUCCAUUCGGAUGCCAAAGGACGAGCGCCGCUCGCUCGGCCUCGUCCAGCCCUUCCUCGUGCUGCAGGUCCUCCUCUCGGACGACCGCUCCUUCUCGUUCGAGCUCCACGUGUCCGACAAGGGCAAGACCCGCCGCCGGAUCCUCUUCUCGACGUCGUUCCGCGAGCCGGCGAGCACGCCGCUGCACACGCGGAUCCCGCUCGCCGCGGUCGCGCGCGGCGUCUGGCUCAACCUCGUCUUUGACCUCGUCGACCUCGUCUCGUGCAACUUUGGCGGCGCCGGCUUUGGCCGGCUCGACGGCAUCUGCAUCGGGUCCGCGUGCACGCUGCGGCGGAUUUGCACGCUGCGCGACCCGCCCGGAGACGCGCCUUGCGCGCCCGACGGCCACUCCGGCCUCGCCGUCGGCGCCUCCGCCCCGCGCGGCUUCGAGCUGCCUUCGGGCGUGCCGACAGCCGACCGGCGCUGUUGCCUAGAAGCGGAAUACGUACACUUGCAUCCCGACUAG